GAGAACAGCCCUCUCCUUCCCCACCGAGUCCACUCUCACAACAUUUGCUGAAGUGGGAAGGAGGUGGUGUUUUGCUGAUCUGUUUAAUUCUUAGUGAAGUUUCCUUGAUUUCCAGCCGCUGCUGUUGUUUGAGUUUGGUUUGGAUCAAAACUGAGGUUGUCCUGGCAUUUCUGGGACCGGGUCCAGGCAAGAGGAAGAAGAAAAAGAAGGAGAAGGAAAAGAGGAGGAAAACAAAACAAAACAAAAAAAAGGUGGGGAGAAAUAAAGGAGGGGAGAAGCGCAGGAAAAGAAAAAAGUCCUUUUUCAACAUCACAUUCCUGUGUUUUCUCUCAGCCUGGAAAACAUAUUAAUCCCAGCGCUUUCACGCUCGGAAACAAAGGGACUCAGCCAGACUGUGGGGGAAAGGGUGAUAAGAAGGAUCCUGGAACUCUAAAGAGAGAAAGAGCAAGAUCCAGGAAUAGCUGGGACUUCACUUUCAGGGGCGCCCUGUGUUGUUGGCACAGGGGACUGGCACACACAGACACACGAGCGCGAGCAGAAACUACAGACAAAUGGAGAUGCAAAGACUCACAAGGACAGCUCCUUUCCCCUCAUCCUACUUGUCAAGAAGGUGAAAAGACAGCCAGAGGAAAGAAGAAAGCAGCUCGGCCCUCAGGUCAGGACAGGCUGCGGGUCCGUGGCUCUUUGGAAGCCGGGGCUGCAGCACACCCCCCUUUGUACUGCUCAGCCGUGCGAAGGAGAAAGAGGCUUGGGAGGAAAAGUAUUUCAUCUAGGAAACUGUCCUGGGACCACACUUCAGAUUGCCUUUUAAACCCUCUGCAUUCCAUCUCCAUGAGCCACAGUUGGAUUGCACAAUGACAUGGAGAAUGGGACUGAGUUUUACCAUGCUGUUGGCAAUGUGGCUGGUGUGUGGAUCAGAACCCCACCUCCACGCCAUGAACAGGGGGAGCCACGGAGGGCGCAAAGCACCUCUGGUUUCCGCAGCCAACAGAAGGCCGGCUCGGCUUCUGAGGCACACAGGGAGGUCUCAGGGAAUUGAGAGAACCACUCUGGAAGAACCAAACCUGCCGCCUCUCCAAAGAAGGAGGAGUGUGCCGGUGCUGAGAGUAGCUCCCGCAACAACAGCGCCGCCAGCCCCACAGCGCAUCCCCGGGGCCCCAGUGAGACCUAAGCAGAGACCAGUAGCCCCGAGCUCUCCCCGUCACAUGAUCCGAGAUGAGGGGUCCUCAGCUCGCUCGAGAAUGUUGCGUUUCCCCUCUGGAUCCAGCUCCCCCAACAUCCUCGCCAGCUUUGCGGGCAAGAAUAGGGUGUGGGUCAUAUCGGCCCCUCACGCCUCGGAGGGCUACUACCGCCUCAUGAUGAGCCUCCUGAAGGACGACGUGUACUGUGAGCUGGCUGAAAGGCACAUCCAGCAGAUCGUGCUCUUCCACCAGCCGGGCGAGGAAGGGGGCAAGGUGCGGAGGAUCACCAGCGAGGGCCGGGUCCUGGAGCAGCCCCUGGACCCCAUCCUCAUCCCCAAGCUGAUGAGCUUCCUGAAGCUGGAGACGGGCAAGUUUGGCAUGGUGCUGUUGAAGAAGACGCUGCAGGUCGAGGAGCGCUACCCUUACCCCGUCAGGCUGGAGGCCCUGUAUGAGAUCAUCGACCAAGGCCCCAUCCGCAAGAUAGAGAAAAUCAGGCAGAAGGGUUUUGUCCAAAAAUGUAAGGCCUCUGGGGUCGAGGGCCAGGUGGUGGAGGAGGGGAACAACGGUGGAGGGGCAGGGAAGCCGGGCGUGAGCGGUGAGAAGAGGAAGGACGACCAGAGGCGAGCCCAAGUCCCACCGACCAGAGAGAGCCGGCUGAAGGUGCUGAGAAAGCCGGCCACCACCACGGCCGCCCCUCCCCCGCCGCCUCCAACCCCAAGGGCCACCACCCUGCCUCCUGCCGCUGUCCCAACAGCGCCCCGGGCCGCCUCUCGGGUGGUAACUGCCGCUGCGAGGCUGACGACCACCGCGGCCUUUCCCACCACCCAGAGGCCCUGGACCCCCAGGGUGCACCCCUCCUCAGAUGCCCACAGGCCCCCGGCAACGGCGGAGGUGGCCCCUGCCAGGGAGCCCGUGGCCUCAGAGAAUCUCUACCCUCAGGCCAGGAAGGAGCAGCACCGGGAGAGGCUGCAGACCACCAGAAGGCCCAGCAAGGCCACCAGCUUCGAGAGCUUCACGGCUGCCCCUCCCACCACCAUCUCAGAGCACGGCACAAGGGCGGGCGCGGGACGUGUCCGGGACAACCGCACAGACAGGCGCGAGCAUGGCCGCCGGGACCCGAGUGCGGUGCCGGCUGCUCACAAGCCAGCCAAGGGGAAACCUCCCAAAAAGAAAGCCCAGGACAAAAUUCUGAGCAAUGAGUAUGAGAGUAAGUACGACCUGAGCAGGCCUACUGCCUCCCAGCUGGAGGAGGAGUUGCAGGUGGGGAAUAUUCCCCCCCAAAAAACAAAGGAAUCGAAAAAGCACGACAAGCUGGAGAAACCUGAGAAGGAGAAGAAAAAAAAGGUGAAAAAUGAGAAAGCAGACAAGUUACUCAAGAGUGAAAAGCAGGUGAAGAAGGAGAAGGCUGAGAAAAAGAGCAGGCAGGAGAAAGAGAAGAGCAAGAAGAAGAAAGCAGGUAAAACAGAGCAGGAGGGCUACCUGAAACCCACCACCAAACACUUCGCUCAGAGUCCCAGGAAGUCAGUGACCGAUCUGCUGGGGUCCUUUGAAGGCAAACGAAGGCUGCUUCUGAUCACGGCUCCGAAGGCUGAAAACAACAUGUAUGUGCAGCAGCGAGAUGAGUAUCUGGAAAGUUUCUGCAAGAUGGCCACCAGGAAAAUCUCCGUGAUCACCAUCUUUGGCCCUGUCAACAACAGCACCAUGAAAAUCGACCACUUCCAGCUAGAUAAUGAAAAACCCAUGCGUGUGGUGGAUGAUGAGGACUUGGUAGACCAGCAUCUCAUCAGUGAGCUGAGGAAAGAAUAUGGAAUGACCUAUAAUGACUUCUUCAUGGUGCUCACAGAUGUGGACCUGAGAGUCAAGCAAUACUAUGAGGUGCCUAUAUCAAUGAAGUCUGUGUUCGAUUUGAUCGAUACAUUCCAGUCCCGAAUCAAAGACAUGGAAAAGCAGAAGAAGGAGGGCAUUGUUUGCAAGGAAGACAAGAAGCAAUCAUUGGAAAACUUCCUAUCCAGGUUCCGAUGGAGAAGGCGGUUGCUGGUGAUCUCUGCCCCUAAUGAUGAAGACUGGGCCUAUUCACAGCAGCUCUCGGCCCUCAGUGGCCAGGCCUGCAAUUUUGGUCUGCGCCACAUAACCAUUCUGAAACUUUUAGGGGUUGGAGAGGAAGUUGGGGGAGUUUUAGAACUGUUCCCAAUUAAUGGGAGUUCUGUUGUGGAGAGAGAAGACAUACCAGCCCAUUUGGUGAAAGACAUCCGGAACUAUUUUCAAGUGAGCCCGGAGUACUUCUCCAUGCUUCUAGUUGGAAAAGAUGGAAAUGUCAAAUCCUGGUACCCUUCCCCAAUGUGGUCCAUGGUGAUUGUGUAUGAUUUAAUUGAUUCGAUGCAACUCCGGAGACAGGAAAUGGCCAUUCAGCAGUCACUGGGGAUGCGCUGCCCUGAAGAUGAGUACGCAGGCUACGGUUACCAUGGCUACCACCAAGGGUACCAGGAUGGUUAUCAGGAUGACUACCGUCACCAUGAGAGUUACCACCAUGGAUACCCUUACUGAACAGAAAUACGUAACCUUAGCCCCAGCCAGCUUCCCCUGCAGCUGUUAAAGCCACAAGCGGCCAGCUAUGGAAAGGAGUUUUUCCACACCGCCUACAUUCCCUGCCUUUUUCUUUCUGUGUUCUUCCAAAAUUAAAUAAAUAGCAAACUUUUGCCAA